ACCGAUUUGAACCCGACCAUCCAUCCCUGUGACCGAAAGCAUAUUGCAUGUAAAUAACAAAACGAACUGAUAAGCGUAUUUUUGAAUUAUUUUAAAUAAUUCUUGUAAUUCGAUAGUGAGUUUUAUACUAUUUGAAUGCCAAAUGGCGUCACAGAUACCGCAAGUGCAGGAAAUCGAAGAUUUCUACGGAGUGUACCUGUUGGUGAGCAAGAGCAUCAAUCCGAAGUUUGCCGGUCGAACGUACAUCGGGUACACCGUUGAUCCAAACCGGCGGAUUAAACAGCACAACGGCGGCCAGGAUGCUGGCGGGGCCAAAAGGACAUCCAACCGGGGACCGUGGGUAAUGGUGAUGAUAGUCCAUGGCUUUCCAAACAAUAUCUCCGCCCUCCGGUUUGAAUGGGCGUGGCAGCAGCCCAAGGUGUCCCGUCGCUUGAAGCAGAUCCCCGAACUGCAGCGAAAGCAACGCAAAGAGAGCAACUUCGAGUACAACUUUCGCAUUCUCACCGAAAUGCUCCGAAUUGGUCCCUGGAAUCGACUUCCGCUGACGGUUCGCUGGCUGGCCGAUGACUUUCAUCGUGAAUUCGAGAUCGGAAAGGUGCCCCCCAUGCAUAUGCCAAUUUGCUUUGGACGCGUGAAGAAAGUGCCGAAAAAAGGAAAAGCGCCGAAAAAAGCCACUCAACGGAGGCGACGCAAGACCAAGAGAGGCCUCAAAAGCUCGGGCGCCGAAUUGAUGAAGAACAGUAAAAGUAUGCAAACUACCGUUAAUGACGAUUGCGUGGAUGAUGUGGACGAGUAUGACCUGCUUGUGAUGGGGGCCAAAGGGAAGGAAGUGGCCAAUCGGGACUUUGGAGGCGCCACAAUCGACGACGAAGCCAAUGACGAUAAUGAUGACAUAACAAUUAGCUCUUCGAGCUCAAAUGAUGAGAACGAACAGCAGCCACUAAUGGAGCUAGUUAGCGACGAUUGUGUGAUUUGCAACGGGCAGAUUCGAUCCGGUGGCCAUGGACCGGGAGAAGGCUUCGCACUGCGAUGUAUCCAACCGCGGUGUAAGCUGAUUUGCCACAUUGAAUGCCUAGCCGAGCGUUGUCUGGAACCGGGACAGUACGUUCCCGUGGAGGGGAGCUGCCCGAUUUGCAAUAGUCACUUUUUGUGGGGAGAUCUGAUUAGGAAAGCCAACGGGUGUAGCGACCUUGUGGAAGACGCUAGUAAUACGGGGCUGUUCGAGGUGGAUGAUGUUUCCGAUUGUGAUGGCGAUUGAUUGUGGUGACCCAGUAUUUCGUUGAUAAUAAAUGUGAUAUUGCUAUUGAACAGUA